UAACUGCUGAUCUGCAGUUACAAGAAACUCCAGUCAGUCGCUUGCCGAACGUCCCUCGAGGCGGAGCUGUAUUUUUUGUGUGAAAUCAUUAAGCCGAUAUUCUGCAACUUAUCGUCAACUCAAGUUAACGAAGCGACGAUGACUGAACAAUUUAAACUCGGAGAUCUGGUCUGGGCUAAGAUGAAGGGAUUCUCACCAUGGCCAGGCCGGGUGUCAAAUCCUAUAAAGGAUAUGAAAAAACCAAACAAUCCAAAGAAGGGGUCAGUCCAUUGUAUAUAUUUCUUUGGAACAAACAACUAUGGAUGGAUUGAUGAAAUUAACAUGAAUCAUUAUCAAGAUCAUAAAGAGACUUGUUUGAAACUUUGUAGAACUGCAGCAUUCAAAGAAGCGUGUAAAGCUAUUGAAAAAUUUAUUGCUGAUGGAGAGGUCUUUGAAGAUGAAUUGGACUCUGACUCUCUAUUUGAUAAAUUAAAAGAAGAAAGCAACACUUCAAUUGAAAAAAAGACUCCAAAGAUAAAACCAAAAAAGUUAAAAACAUACGUACCUUUGCAGGAAACUCCAAAAGUAAAAAGGGAAAGUAUUGGUAGUGAACGGCGCCCAGCUAAAAAACAAAGAACAGACUCUAAUGCCAGUAGCAACAAUCGACUUGGUAGUUUGAGUCCUGCUCUGAACCACUCCACACCUUUAAGGAAAAGUGGUUCUCUUUUAGAUCGACCUGCAAAUGUUACUAGACCUGCGACUCCCCCAUUGGAUGUUGAAACACUUUCUCAAACUCUAAAGGACAAAAAUAUUUGCGCUUCUAGCUUAAAGUUUGGUUUUCUUGGACUUGGCAUUAUGGGCAGUGGAAUUGUUAAAAAUCUCCUGAAUAGUGGCCACAAAGUCGUUGUUUGGAACAGAACACAAACAAAGUGCGCGGACUUCGUGAAGGCCGGAGCCGAGCAGGGCCUGACGCCGUCGGACGUGGUGGGCAUGUCGGACAUCACCUUCUCGUGCGUGGCCGACCCGCAGACCGCCAAGGAGAUGGUGUUCGGCAACUGUGGCGUGCUCACUGAGAUCUCGCCGGAUAAGGGCUACGUGGAGAUGACGGGCAUCGACGCGGAGACCUCGGAGGACAUCGCCGAGGCGAUCACGGCCAAAGGCGCGCGCUACCUGGAGGCCCAGGUGCAAGGCAGCAAGGUGCAGGCCGAGGAGGGCACUCUGGUCAUCCUGGCGGCGGGCGACCGCCAACUGUUCGACAACUGCCACAGCUGCUUCGGAGCCAUGGGCAAGAACACCUUCUACCUGGGCGAGGUGGGCAACGCCUCCAAGAUGAACCUGGUGCUCCAGCUGCUGGCCGGUGUCACGCUCGCCGGACUCGCGGAGAGCAUGGCCCUCGCCGAUAGGGUCGGUCUGCAGCAGAAGGACGUGCUCGAGAUCCUCGAGCUCACUUCGCUCUCCUGCCCAGCGAUUCUCGACAAAGGCAGAGCCAUUAUCGAGGGCGGCUUCCCCACGAGCCAGCCGCUCAGACACAUGCAGAAGGACCUGCGGCUGUCGCUGAUCAUGAGCGACCAGCUGGAGCAGCCCAACCCGCUAGCCGCCGCGGCCAACGAGAUUUACAAGCACGCCAAGCGUCUCGGCUACGGCCAGCACGACGUCUCGGCCGUCUACAUUGGCGCCAGGUUCUGAACAAUCCCGACACGCCUCCAACCGCCGCCUUUUUCAUCACCAAGUUUCAAUCGUCGACGUCGACGUGACUCUAUGAACAGCUACUAAUCUCGUCUCUUCUCUUUUGCCACGCAUCAUCACAACCGACCAACACACACGCCCACGCACACACGUAAUUACACUUACACUGACUGUGCAAUAAGAGAGAUUAUUAGGCUUUGAUUUUUACGCUAACAUGGCUUAGUUUUAUUGAGUAUCGUCCAACCAUCGUUAUUCAUGCAAUCUUUUCCUUUAAUCUUCUUUUUCAACUCUCUCUCUCUCUUUAUUUUUUAUUUGACCGACCCCUUCCCUCUCUUUUCCCUCCUUCCAUCCAGAUUUUAUGACAAACUAUUAUAAGUUCAAGAUUUCAUUUUGGUCUCUAACCAUGGUUAACAAUCUACUCAAUUAUAUCUCAAUCAAGUUUGAGCAUGUUUAUUCAUGCUUACAAUCAGUCAAACAAAGACAAGGGACGAAAAGCAGUUAUUCACUUGAUUAAACUUUAUAAUGUUAUGUGUAACAAACAUCAUCAUUGUAUGCAUUCACUUUUCCUUUUUAUGCGACAAAGAUCUCAUUGCUCUUGGAUCAAUGUGCUUUUCCAUACUGUAUAGUAUCAGGCUUAUAAUUUACUUGCAAAAUUGAUUACUUUCAUAAAUUUCUUAUUAGCGAUUGUCUAAUGAUUUCGAGUAAUGUAUCGAUCAUUUUAGAAAAUUGACGUAUUAAAAACAGAUGAGUACUACUGUUCUCUCUGUUGUAUCUUUAAAAAUCAUUAAAAUAAAAAUGAUAUUUUCUAACACUAACAUCGUGUUACUUCAAGAGAUACAUUUUAAUCUUAUAAAUGCAGAAAAUGCAAAAAGAGGGUAAAAUAAAAGUAAGCGAAAUCUGCUAAAGCAUCAAGCUGAAAAUUGUUAGAAAGGGAAUGAGUGAGUUUGUAUUUUGCUGCGGCAGAGUUGAAUUUUAAUAAUAGAAAAAAAAAUUAAAAGGUGUAAUAUUCAAAUAUAAGUAUAUGAAUACGAUUGUUCUAAAAUUGAUUAAUAAAAUUUAGAAAUAAAAUUUUCAUUUGCAUCUUUUUAAAAUAUGACUUAACUUGCUCUUUAAACCGACGGUCGCAGAUAAGAUACCAUUCAACAGUACAGAAUAUUAAUGUCACAUACUUGUAAUUAAGACAAUGUUAUUUGUAUACUAACUAAUCCAUUCUACUUCCACAUUUUUGAGUUUUGGUUUGAAAGAGCAAGUUUUGUAUCUGUAUAAAUAUAUGUGGAAAAAAUCAGACCGCAAACUGGAAAAUAUACAGGAAAUUGGGUAUAUGGUUAUAUAUAUACAUAGCUGUAAAAGAAUGAAAACUAAAAUAGCGAAAAAAGGAUGGUUAUGAAAGUGUGUUGAAGAUGAGAGUAUAAAAACUCCUAGAUUUUGUGGCGCAUUAUGCGUAUGUUUUAUGUCACAAGAUUAUUUUUUUUUUUAAAUUAGAUUAUCUAUUCAACUUAUUUUAAAUUUUAUAAUAAAAAUAAAAUUAAAGAUACACAGUCUACGUAUAUAUAUAUAUAGGUAUAUAGAAUAAUUUCAUAUGUAUAUUUUCUUGUAUUGAUUACAUAACUCGCAGAAAAUAUCUAUGAACAAAAAUAUCAUUUUAUUUUUAGUUUAAUAGGAAAAUGAGUAGGAUUCUAAAAUUUUACAUUUGGGUGUUACA